AUGGCGCCCGAUCCCAACAGUAAUAGAUCUCUAGUCAAGGAAUUGGAAAAAUACACAUCGUGUGAUGUUGCCGAUGCUCUCUCGAAACUGGGUUAUGCCCAUGGUGGCUUCCUUAGUGAUUUAACAAUGUACUCUCCAACUAUACAAAGCGGAAAAACGAAGAUAAUUGGAGAAGCCUACACUGUACGAUUCGCAGCAGUGAAUCAUCGAAACGAUCCUCACCCGCCGAAUCAUUUUAUAGAUACUGUUCCGAAGGAUGCUAUUCUGUUCAUAUCAGUACCCGCACACUUAAUCAAUAGUGUGUACGGCGGGCUAAUGUCAAUGCGCGCGCAGCUUCUGGGAGCAAAAGGCACAAUUGUGGACGGUCGCGUCCGUGAUUUACAGGAACAUCGUGACCUUGACUAUCCUGUUUUUGCACGAGGAAUCGGUACAAACGCAGCAGCAGAAGUCUGCUUUCCAUCGCAAAUCAACAUCCCUGUGCGCCUCAAUAGUACGAGACAAGAAGCGUGGAUAAGGCCUAGAGAUGUUCUUAUCGGAGAUCUCAAUGGCGUCGUCUGCAUACCAAAAGAGGCUGUGAAAAGUUGUCUCGAGAUUUUACCACAUAUUGUCAAAGCUGAUACUAACUGUGCUGAAGAUACCCUCAAAGGUCAGUCUUUUGAGGAGGUUCUUCGGAGGCACAAAGGAAAGCUAUGA